GUGACUCACAGCUCAUGAGAGCACGAUCGCCACACACACACACACACACACACACACACGCACUGAGCAGCAGUUAUGGAGCGCUUUAAUGUGCAGCAGCUUGAAUUAGACAUGGAUAUUAACUGGACGCCGGUGAUUGCAGCCACAGUUUGCGGUACAGGUGCAUUAUAUCUCUUCUUGAAAUGGAGAAAUUACCAGAAGAUUCAGAAGAAAAUACUAAACGCACGGAAAAGACGAGAUACAUCUCUUCUACAGGCUGAACAAGCGGUGCAACAAUUUAAAAUACAGAACCCAGACUUUGAGAGCAGCUCUAUAGUGUCUCUGUCUUUGCCUGAGCUCACUGGGAAACUCAAGGACGGCUCUCUGCAGCCAGACGCUGUGCUUUAUGCCUUAAUGGAAAAGGCUCUGGAGGUGAACAAGAAUCUGAACUGCAGCACUGAGAUCUUAAUGGAGUCUGUGGCACAGCUGGAAGACAUCAAGUCUCAAAAGAAAGGUCUUCUGUACGGAGUGCCCAUCAGCAUCAAGGACAACGUCGCAUAUGAGGGUCAUGACACUUCCUGUGGUGUGGUGAGUAAGUUGGAUCAGCCUGCGCUCGUGGACAGUGUGGUGGUUACAGUGCUGAAGAAGCAGGGCGCGAUCCCGUUCAUCAAGACCAACAUACCACAAGGUCUUCUCAAUUAUGACUGCAGUAACCCCAUUUAUGGGCAAACCUUGAACCCCUGCAACCUUCAGAAGUCCCCUGGUGGUUCAUCCGGAGGGGAGGGAGCUCUGAUUGGAGGAGGCGGCUCUUUUCUAGGCAUAGGCACUGACAUUGCUGGGAGCAUUCGUAUCCCAGCAUCCUUCUGUGGGAUUUGUGGAUUUAAGCCCACAGCAAGGAGGAUAAGUGUUUGUGGAAUCAGUUCUUGCGUCAAAGGCCAGAAAUCAGUGUCGUCCUCUCUUGGCCCUUUGGCAAGAGAUGUCGAGAGCUUGGCACUGUGUAUGCGGGCACUGCUCUGCCAGGACAUGUUCUCCUUAGACCCCACCGUCCCUCCCAUACCAUUCAACCAAGAGGUGUAUGAGAGCUCCGAGCCCCUGAGGAUUGGUUAUCAUGAGAACGACGGGUAUCUGCAGCCGUCUCCGAGCAUGGCCAGGGCCUUCAGGGAGACUAAGGACCUGCUGGAGAGAGCGGGGCACACGCUGGUUCCAUUGCAACCCCUGCGGCUCUACCAUGUCUUCCAUGAGUUGACUGUCAGAGGGGUCAUGGGUGACGGAGGUCGUACCCUCAUCAGUCAUCUGAAGCCAGGCCCCAUUGACCCGUGUCUCCGCGAUCAGUACAUCGUGUUGAGCACUCCAGGCUUCAUAAAGAGGCUAAUUUCUGUUGUUCUCAAGCCUUUUUGUCCACGGAUGUCUGCAAGCAUAGAUGCAACUCUUGGAAUUGGGUCUGUUGCAGAAUUGUGGAGACAACAUGUAAAUAUUGAGGAGUACAUUCAGGAGGUGAUAGCAGAGUGGAGGAGACUGAAUGUGGAUGUUUUGUUGUGUCCCAUGCUUGGACCAGCCUACAGUUUCAAUUACUGCGGGAGACUCACCAGUGCUCUCAGUUACACCAGCCUGUACAACCUGCUGAACUUCCCUGCCGGGGUGGUGACCGUGUCUACAGUGAUGGAGGAGGACGAGGCACAGCUCAGUCAGUACACGGGUGCCCAUGGGGACAUGUGGGACAAACUCUUCGUUAAGGCGGUGAAGGGUGGCGUUGGUCUCCCUGUGGCAGUGCAGUGUGUGUCUCUGCCGUGGCAGGAUGAAAUGUGUCUGCGCUUUAUGAGAGAGGUGGAACAGCUCACAGCCAAGAGCAAACUCACCAGGAAACAUUAAUGAUUGAAAUUCUGCUGUGUAUGUUUGUGGGCUGCUAACGGUUCAGUCCCAGGUGAGCCAUGAGCAGGCCUACACUGAAUCUGCGACCGCAGAAACCUCUACAGAUUCUAUCCUACAAGUUCUAGGUAACUCACAAAUCCUAUAUGUUGUUCAUCAAUAACUUUAACUGACCUUGAUUAUGUUUUCAGUUAAGAACAAGUUCUGCUGUGUGUUAAGGUUUUGGAAGAAAGAAUGGUAUUGUAACGUUCAUUAACUGUAUUUUUUUUUUUAAUUUUCUGAAAUUAUUACAAGUAAGCAGUUUAUAUCUGUUUGUCAACCAGUGGAAGACAGGAAGAAUCUGUGUGAAAUCAAUCUUUAGUUUUUGCAAUAACAUUUUGGUGAAGAUUUUUCGCCGCUGAAAUUUCACACCUUUAAUAAAUAACAAGUAACUCUCAAUCAUUCUUCACAAUGUUAAGACUAUAUAUAUAUAUAUAUAUAUAUAUAUAUAUAUAUAUCAGAAUGAAACAUGAAUAUUUGCACUCACUAUAGAAGCAGUAAAGCUUCAUCAAAACUGAAUGAGGAUUUGAAUGUUUCUCUUCAUUUCUGUAUCAUUUUGUAUAAUUUAAUGCCUCACAAAUUCAUUAAACGAAAAUGAAUCAGAGCUGCACAUCACAGGUUCACUGGAAAACCAUCGUCCUUGCUUGACUGUCGUUAUGAGAUGAGCGGCACUCAUUUCUGUGCCCUGAAUGAUGACUUUGGUUGGAAAGGCUUUAACUGGACUUAAUGACACAUGACGCUAUCAGCUCCGAUGUAAUGUAAAUAUUUGUCUGUUCUGGGUUUUCCACACAUUUUACAUUCUUCAUUUACAUGAGUCAUCAAGGAUGG